UGUAUUUCAAAUCGAAUUCAUUUCCCACCACCGAUCGAUAAGGAACACAAUCACCCCACCUCUUCAUCAUCACCAUCUAGUAAACGACUGCGUUUCCGACUUGACAAUCUAUUGGAGCAUCGUUGUAUAGCCGCUGAGAAUGAUAAAAAAGCUAGUAUGGCUGCAUUGAAUGCUGUGAGUAAAUUGAAAGCUGAAAUUGAAAAUUUAGAAAAACGUCAUCAUGAAGUGUUGGAACGUUUGACUACAUUAGGCACUGAAGCACAACAAGCGCGUACAGCCAAAGCACAAGCUGUCAAAGCUAAACAAAACGCACUUCUAAUUAAACCUGCACCAUCAUCAUUCAUGGUAGGCGGCGGUGGUGCUGCUGGUAAUGUUGUAAUGACCAAUUCCAGAUUGAUUCAUUUGAAUGAAAAUCCAAGUGGUACUGUUAAUCCCAAUGCUGGUAGUUUUAGUACAAGUGGAGGAGGUAAACAAUUAAUACAACAGUCAGUAUUGACGGAUCAAGGUGUUCGUUAUAG